UGCGUCCAGCCUGGGAGCGCGGCUGCGCGGGGUGUCCCUUGGUCACGCCCAGCGAGUCCCCAGUGCGCAGGACAGAGCUCGCCCUGCCGCGGGACCUGAGUCAGGAACCUGGGGAGCUUUCGAUUUCAGGAGGAGCAGUGCACAGAAGAGUGGAGGCCACUGCCUCGGGCCAUGUUUGCACGGCCCGUGACUUAGGUCUCCUGUGUCGGUGACAGUCACUACCUUGUCUCUGUGUGUACGUCUUGCAUCCUGAGUUCCCAGUCCUGCUUACCUGGAUGAGCCCAAAAGGCAGAAACUUUCAAGAUGUGUUCCAGUAAUGACCAAGUUUCGAUCUCAUUGUCAGAAGGAGACACCAGUGACCCUCCAGGGACGACCUCCAGUGACAUGAAGACAGUUCCCAAAGAGGCAGUGUUAAGUUUUCGUAUCACCAGCUACCGAGUAAAACAGAAGAUUGGCUUUCUCCAUGGUCGGAAAACAGUUGAGAUAGAAGUGCUAUCAAAUAUCAAUGGGAUCAUGAAGCCUGGCCUCAAUGCUAUCAUGGGACCCCCAGGUGGAGGCAAAUCAUUGUUGUUAGAUGUCUUAGCUGCAAGGAAAGAUCCACAUGGAUUGUCUGGAGAUGUCUUGAUAAAUGGAGCACCUCGACCUGCCAAUUUCAGAAGUAUUUCAGGUUAUGUGUUACAAGAAGAUGUCGUGAUGGACAGCCUGACAGUGAGAGAAAAUUUACAGUUCUCAGCAGCUCUUCGGCUUCCAACAACAAUGACGAAUGCUGAAAAAAAUGAACGAAUUAACAUGGUUAUUAAAGAGUUAGGUCUGGAUGCAGUGGCAGACUUCAAGGUUCGUGCUAGUAGAGAAAGAAAAAGGACUAUGAUAGGAAUGGAGCUGAUCACUGAUCAUCCCAUCUUGUUCCUGGAUGAACCCACAACUGGUUUAGACUCAAGCACAGCAAGUACUGUCCUUUGGAUCCUGAAAAAGAAGGCUAAGCAGGGAUGUACAAUCAUCUUCUCCAUUCACCAGCCUCAGUAUUCCAUCUUCAGGUUGUUUGACAGCCUCACUUUAGUGGCCUCAGGAAAACUAAUGUUCCAUGGGCCUGCACAGGAGGCCUUGGGAUACUUUGAAUCAGCAGUAGGUUAUCAGUGUGGCACCCACAACAACCCUGCAGACUUCUUCCUGGAUGUGAUUAAUGGAGACUUCUCUGGUGUGGCAUCAAACAGAGAGGAAGAAGACUUUGAAGCCAAUGAAACUGAAGAAUUUGUCAAGACAAAAAAGCCUGUUAUAGGACAAUUAGUUGAGUUUUAUAUCAACUCCUCCUUCUAUAGAGAAACCAAAACCAAAUUAGACAAACUGUCAGGUGUUCAUGAAGCGAAGAGCUUGGCCUUCAAGGAGAUCACCUAUGUCACCUCCUUCUGUGAUCAGCUCAGAUGGAUUAUCUGGCGUUCAUUCAAAAACUACCUGGGAUUUCCCCAAGUCACUUUUAUUCAGACACUUAUCACAGUUGCACUGGGAUUGAUUGUUGGUGCCAGUUUUGUUGGACUAAAAAGUGAGUGUACUGAAGUCCAAAACAGAGCUUCGCUGCUCUUUCUGCUGACAGUCUUCCAGUGUAUCACCAGCGUGUCUUCUGGCGAGCUCUUCGUGCUCGAGCAGAAGCUCUUUAUACAUGAGCAUAUCAGUGGCUACUAUAGAAUGUUACCAUACUUCUUUGGAAAACUGAUAUCUGAGUUAAUUCCCAGAAGGUUAUUACCAAGUAUUAUAUUCACUUUUAUACUAUACUUCAUGGUAGGAUUAAACCCAAGCGGGAAGGCUUUCUUCACUAUGAUAUUUACUGUUUUGAUGUUGGGUUAUUCGGCCAGCUCUGUAUCACUGUCUUUUGGAGCAGGUGAGAAUGCUGUGUCGAUACCAACACUUCUUGUGACCAUCUACUUUGUGUUCAUGCUGUAUUUUUCAGGUCUAUCAUUGUUUUUUGGAACUAUUCUUCCUGGACUAUCAUGGCUUCAGUACUUCAGUGUUCCUCAUUAUGGCUUUAGGGCUUUGCAGCAUAAUGAAUUGUUGGGGCAAAACUUCUGUCCAGAUCUUAAUACAGCAGAAAGUAAUAGCUGUCCAAACUACGUAAUAUGUACUGGUGAAGAAUUCUUGAGAAUGCAGAACAUCGAUCUCUCACCUUGGGGCUUGUGGAAGAACCACGUGGCAAUGGCUUCCAUGAUGAUUAUCUUCCUCACAAUCACCUUUCUACAAUUGUUAUAUUUUAACAAGAACAAUCUUGGGCUGGGUGUGCGGCUCAAGUGGUAGAGAGCCUGCUUGAAAACACAAGACCCCAGUUCAAAUCCAAGUACUACCAAAGAAGAAAUUUUUAAAUUCCUA